CAAAUUGUCAUUUUCGUAAUAGUAUUGUUCUUUCACAAACUGAAUGGAUAUAACGAAAUUACUUUGAAUGAAUCAAAAUGUGAAAAUUAUCAUUGUAUUGACAUCAAAUAUUUAACUCCAACAAUGGAAAGAGUUGAUAUACAGCCACAAAAUAUGUAGACUGUUUUUACGAAGGAUUUAUUUGGGAUACAUUUAAAACUUUCUGUUUGAAAUGCACUGGUACGUUAUAAAAUCGUAAACGGAUAUGAAUGUGUACAUCUAACCUUACACUCCACAACUUCACGUUUUCAAUGUAUUGUAUGUGUUUCAAUAAUGUAAUCAGAAAUAAAAAAUAAAAAUACUUUAUACAUAUUUUAAAAAUGACACGAAUUGCAAUUUUCGUGAUUGUAUUCUCCUUACACAACCUGAAUGGAUGCUUUGCGAAUAGUUUGAAUUAUUCAAAAUGUAAUAAAAAUCAUUGUAUUGACAUCAAAUAUUUAACUCCAACAAACGAAAGAGUUGAAAUACACAUACAUUGCAGUGUACAUUUCACGAAGGAUUUACUUUGCGACAAUGUGUGGUCAAAUGUAACUGUUCUUAGUCUGGUAGGUAAUUGGAACCACGAACAUGGUGUCGACUUAGAAUCGAACACGUUUGAAAGGUUUGGCCAUUUAGAAGAGCUACGCUUCGUUGGCGUUCAAAUCGUGACAUUGUAUCCAGGCUCCUUUCGAGGAUUGGAUAACCUCCGGAUUCUUGAUCUGAGCAACUGUGUUAGUUUGGGUUAUUCCAAUUUUUUGUCUGCGUUUGAAUCAGACGCAACACUUCCAAGACUUCAAGAACUGAUUCUGCAUAUGACAGGGAACAGAGCGGAUAAUUUUAUGCUACGAGACGUAUUUGCAAAGCUUCUCUAUUCUAGACCGGUGCGUGUAUUAGAUUUAUCGGACAUGCUUAUAACAGAAUUUGAGUUUAGUUCAACAGGUCGAUAUGCAAGAUAUCUGGAAUUUUUAAAUGUAUCUGGAAUAUCUGUGUUGAAUUAUGCAAACAGUAAUGGUAUUUUGGACCGCAUUAUGCCGUCUUUAAAAAUAUUGGAUUUGAGCCGUAUUGAUGCUGAUAAAAUUUUCAGCAAAGUUUCACAUUUUUGGUGCCCGAACGAAAAGCUGUGUAUACCAACUCACAUCUUGGUUGACCGUAAUUACUUAAAUGUCAGCCUAGAUGCUGUUUACCUUGACAACAUGCCUGGAAACACACACCCAAGACAUGUAGUGUCCUCUUCACCUAUUGAAGUGAGAUGUUUAUUAGGAACGACGUUUAAUCUAAAGAAUUUAUACCUCCGACGUAACUUCGUUUCGGUUGUCGAUAUAGAACUCGACUUGAAGUGCCCUACAAUAAUAGACUUACUCGAUUUAUCGGAUAACGGAUUGCAAUAUAUAAAUCCAAAGGCUUUCUGGAAGAUAACUUCUCUUAAACAAUUGUUUUUGUCGGAUAACAGUCUUGGCGAAAUGGUCUCCUCUCAACCCGAACAAUUUCAACACUUGUUUGCUCCGUUUGAAAUACUAGAAAUACUGGAUCUGUCACGAAACAAAAUUGCAACAUUACUUGAUGGGACAUUCAUCAGUAAUCGUCGGUUAAAACUCCUUAACCUUGCUGGCAAUGUUUUUCAGCACUUUUCUUUUAACUUGAGAGAAUUGACCAACCUUGAAUAUUUGGAUUUAAGUGACAAUUAUCUUCUCGAAUUAGAUUCAAAUGGCUUAGCUAAACUGAAUUGCAUUCAAAUUGACACUGAAAUGGACUUUGGAGGACGUACAAUUCAGUGUUCAAAAUGUGAACAUUAUAAUACUGUUAAAUGGUUGCUUGAGCACAAAGAAAGUAUCUUUUCAAAUACAAGUUUAACAUGUGUAAAUUCAAAGGCAGACGUCGAAUUGAUUUCUAAAACGGUGGAAGAAAAUUUACACUAUAUUUGUUACAGAAACAUUUACAUUCGAAAUAACAUUAUUUGCUCAUCUGUAGCAUUUGUGUGUUUUUGUUCCAUUGUCGUUGUGGUUAUUAUCCGUAUUAGACGCCAACGAAAUUUCCAUAGGCAGCAUAGGAGACGUCAACAGACCAUACGAAGAUUGGAUAACGGUCAACUUCAAUUUGCGGCGUUCAUUUUGUACUCAAGUAAAGACGAGGAAUUCAUGCGAAACUUCGUCUAUGCGAAUUUGGAAAAAAAUCUUCAGCUAAAAGUUGACAGCGAAAGAGAGUUAGUUGGGUUUGGUGACAAGAAUUUCAAGGUUGGACACUGUAUCAUGAACGAAAUCAUUAGAUGCACGAAAGCUUCAGCGACAAUCGUUGUAGUUCUUUCAGACAAUUUUUGUAGCAGCGAUUUCUGUCUGCAGGAGUUUGAUGUUGCGUUCCGCGUUGGGAAGCCAAUUAUACUUAUGCUGAAAGGUGAAGUCAAUAUUUCACUGGCACCAGUUGCGAUAAGAGACUUGUUUAAUACGUACGUGCGGGUACUAUGGCGGAUAGACGACUACGGGGAAUACGAGCUGAUGACGAGCUGGGACAACGUGAGUAACUCCAUACUGGAACUUGGCGGUGUCCUUGGUGAUUAGAAUGCUCAAUGCAAUUUCAUACAAACAAGUUGAAACUUUAUUUGUAGAAGAAAAUGUGCGUAAUAUGAAGAUAAUCUUAACCGACUGAGUCAAGGAGAUCGUUAAUUAUUCAAUUUUGAUUCUUAACUAUGAAAUGUAUUCAAAGUUCUAUGAAUAAUUCUGGUUUCACUUCGAAUAUAUUCGGAUAAUUCAGCCCGUUCUUUUUUAUUUGUUUUAACUUAAACUGUUAAAAUUAAUAUUUAGGUAGUGGACAACUAUAUAUCGUAUGCUUGAAUGAGGUACGAUUAAACAAAAAUAUUGUAUAUUUUAAACUUGGACACAUGAAAUAUUUAGGGUCAUUAAACUUUUACAAUGUGUGAAAUUAUUUAUACAAGUAUGUGAGACAUCAAUACACUAAUUCUACGGAACACCAUUCCGGACAUUAAAGAAAAAUUUCACACGCGAACACUGCAGACGAAAACAGUUGCAUUUUCUUAUAUUUUAGAUAAUGAUAGCAACCAUUCUUAUAAUAACAGUUUUUUUAAUCCAUUCAAUCUCAAUAUUCUAACAUAAAUAUUAUUUUAGCGGGUUUUCCAGUACUUACGUAAUGUAUAUAUUGUUUGCAAUACAUUCAUAUGCAUCUUUUUGUUUGAACGUUAUCAAUACAAAUUCAUGUAAAAGAUGCUUUCAAUUUUGAUUGAUUCUUUUUUUGUUUGAUUUGAAUUAAAACGUAUUGUUAUAUAUUUACUUUUGAAUUUAAGUAGCAGUGCAAACGUUCAAACUGUCAGACAUUAGAAAUAUAGUGCUCAAAUCUUGUUUCGGCUAUUUUACGUAUUAGUAUAUAGCUUACCUCUGGUAUUGUACCUAGUAAUUGGACGAUUGGGGUAAUCAAUCCAAUUUCUUAAAACAACGGGUCUUUAAAUAUCCUUUUAACUACACUCCAUUCCCUUUAUUGAGCUAUGUCAGUAAAUUAUUUACCUCACUGUUAAAUAU